AUGGAGAUUCGAAUCUUAUCCUUAUUCACCGUGGUAACAUUUCCCAAUGGAGCCUGCACGGGGGCAUCAGGAGAUAAUGGUACCUGUAUGACAGCUCGCGAGUGCUCGUCCCGUGGUGGAUCCGCUAAUGGAUACUGCGCUAAUGGCUUCGGACUGUGCUGUAUCUUUAUGACGUCAUGUGGCAGCAGUACUACGGAAAACGGCACGUACUUCGUUAACUCGGGCUUUCCGUCGCCCUACGAUUCCACCGGCUCAUGCGAACUGACUGUUAUUAAAUCACAUCCCGAUGUUUGUCAAAUAAGGUUAGAUUUCGAUCGCUUCAUAAUCGCUGGACCUGAGAAAAUUAACAAUGUUUGUAACCAAGACCAGUUCAUCGUAUCGGGAGGUAAUCCUGUACCAGCGAUUUGUGGCUUCAACCAGGGCAGUCAUAUGUACAUAGACGCGGGAAUUGGAUCCACGAAUCCAGUCAAAUUAACUUUUGUCACGAGCGGCAACUCAUUUGAAAGGAUAUGGAAAGUGAGAGUUACUCAAAUACCUUGCAGUACUAUUUAUAAAGCUGACGAGGGUUGCUUACAAUACUACACUGGUGUUUCUGGUCAGCUAAAAUCUUUCAACUACGAACCACUAUCUGGACUGCAGCUCAGUAACCAGGACUAUGGAAUCUGUGUCAGAAUGGAAAGGAACUUUUGUGGUAUUCAGUACACAGCUUGCCCUGAUCCAGUAAACAAUCGUUCCCGUUCAUUUACUCUCAGCGGAAACAGCAAUAACCCCGUUAAUGCAAUGAUUGGAUCGGGAGCUGGGCCAAAUAAUUGCGCAAAUGAUUGGUUAUUGGUACCAUGUGCUGCAAAUGUUGGUCGUAUACAACCCGCACAAGCUUUGUGUACCGAUAGGAUAUGCGGAGGCACGUUUUCAGCAGAUCUUUCUAUGCAGUCUUCAUCCGUGCUGAGUACAGUAAAACCUUUUCGUCUCUGGUUUCACACCGACAACACUGAAUCGCCUAUUGACGUAGACAAUAGAGGUUUUUGUCUGAACUACGUGCAACAACCGUGCACAAAUAAUGUUUUGUGA